UCACUUCUUUUUGGAAGAGCGAGUGUAACGUUACAUUGAUUGUUUUUUCCCACCCGUAUUUAUUCAAAACCCGUUUCUACGGGCUAAAUUCUUCCCGAGCAAGAAAUAACGUUACGUCUCUCAAUCACCCCGGAAGGCCGGGAGCACGGCAUGCGCGGUGAGGGGUGGAGCUUGACAUGAGAAAACAGUCGCGCUGAGUUUAGCCUGUUAGCUAGCCGCCUAGCUGACGGCUUUAAUUCAACACAUUUAACAACAAUUCAUCAUGGAGCCUUCAUUUGGGAUAUCCGAUAGCCGAUGUGUGGCCACUGUUAGAGGACAUGAGCUCAGAAACGGACAAAAAGAACCAAGACUCCUGUCCCUGCUAGAGUGUUCUGGACAGUUCAAGUUGGAUAUUCUGGCAAACCCUGAAGCAAUUGUAUUAAGCCCAGUACCCCAGCUGUCCAUCCCCAUCAAUAACCAUUUUCAGUUAGUUCGAGAGGCUGAAGAAGCACUUCUCAUUGACAUCUCGUGUAACACGACGGUACGGAUUCGUCUGCAAGGCGAGCGAACGCCGGAGCUCCACCUGGAGCUGCAGGAUGACGUUCACACUCAGUCCUUCUUACAGCAUGUGACAAAGGCCAAACAGCAAGCUGAGAGGAGUUCACUGCCAAGGAAGAUGGAGCCUGUUGUACCUGUUCCAGUCCCGCCUCAAAGAGGAACCUCCAAAUCCACCUCAAAUAACAUCAACAAUAGCACUUUAGUAAAGCCCUUAAUCAGAGACUCCGCCCUCGCACUGGCCACUGAUUUUGGCUUUGAAGAGAAGAAGAACCAGAAAAACCGUAUACGAGAUCCACCUCCUCCACCACUGCCCCCUCUACCCCCUCGUAAGGGCACAUACACACCAUCGACCAACCACACGGCAGGCCCAACUACCAAAGAAAGGCCGCCAUCUGCACAGAACUCCACACCUGUCAGAAAUGAAUUUCAGUCUGUAGACCGCUCUGCUUCCUGGUCUGACAGCCCAUCCAACUACACCAUGAGACAGGCUAUGAUGAGCAGCCAUGCAGGGUCAAGGGAAGGCCUGCUCAAGUAUCGCCUAAGCAAGAAGGAGAAAGAUUAUGUGGACAUUAAGAACUUUAGGUUCUUCAUUGGAACAUGGAAUGUGAAUGGUCAGUCUCCUGACAGCAGUCUGGAGCCCUGGCUGUGCUCUGACCCAGACCCUCCAGAUGUCUACGCACUGGGAUUUCAGGAGCUGGACCUGAGCACAGAGGCCUUUUUCUAUAUGGACUCAUCCAAAGAACAGUUAUGGGUUGAUGCAGUUGAGAGAAGCCUCCAUCCUAAAGCCAGAUACAUACGGAUACGUAUCAUUCGCUUAGUUGGAAUGAUGUUGGUGGUGUAUGUCAACAAGGAGCACAAACAUCACAUUCGAGAGGUGGCUUCUGAGUCUGUGGGAACUGGCCUCAUGAAUAAAAUGGGGAAUAAAGGAGGAGUGGCUGUGCGCUUCGUGUUCCAUAAUACCAGCUUCUGCUUCGUAAACUCUCACUUGGCGGCUCAUGUGGAUGACUUUGAGCGGCGGAACCAGGACUACAAAGACAUAUGUGCCCGCAUGAGUUUCCACCUGCUGGAAUACCCCCCUCUCAGUAUAGUCAAACAUGAUGUGGUGGUUUGGCUUGGAGAUCUCAACUACAGGCUAUGUUUGCCUGAUGCUGGGGAGGUAAAAAGACUUAUCGCUGAGAAAGAGCUACGGAGGCUUCAGGAGUAUGAUCAGCUGAACAUCCAGAGGAAGACUAAACGUGCCUUCACUGAUUUCAUGGAAGGGGAGAUUAAUUUCACCCCAACUUACAAAUAUGAUGCUAAAUCGGACCGAUGGGACUCAAGUGGGAAGUGUCGAGUCCCUGCCUGGUGCGACCGUAUCCUCUGGAGGGGGAGCAACGUAAAGCAGCUUCACUACCGCAGUCACAUGGAGCUGAAGACCAGUGACCACAAACCUGUCAGCUCUCUCUUCAGUAUCGGAGUGAAGAUGGUGAUUGAGCAGCGCUACAAGAAGGUGUUCGAAGAGAUCGUGCGGGACAUGGACAGAAUGGAAAAUGACUUUCUGCCCUCUUUGUCCCUAACACAACGGGAGUUUGCCUUUGAGAAUGUGAAGUUCCGUCAGCUGCAGCGUCAGAGUUUUCUUAUCGCGAAUGACGGACAGGUCGCUUGCACCUUUGCCUUCAUUCCCAAACUCAAUGACUCUCAAUACUGUAAGCCCUGGCUACGUGCUGAGCCCAGUGAAGGAGUACUAGAUCCUAAUGAGAAAAUAGAGAUCUUCCUGGAGGUGUAUGUCAGCAAAGAUUCUGUGACGCUGCUAAACUCUGGUGAGGAUAAAAUCGAGGACAUCCUUGUGCUUCAUCUGGACCGGGGGAAAGACUACUUCAUCACUGUCGCGGGAAACUACCUGCCCAGCUGUUUCGGCACAUCUCUAGAGACCCUGUGCCGUAUGAAGAAGCCCAUCCGCGAGAUUCCCAUCACCAAACUCAUCGAUCUGGGAGAGGAUAGCUGCAUGGAAAAGGAGAAAACCCGGAUUAGUUUCUUGUUGGACAGUGCUGGAACAGAGGAUAAACCUCUGAAGAUUCCCAAAGAGGUCUGGUUGCUUGUUAAUCACCUUUACACCAAGGCCUGCCAGCAGGAGGACCUUUUCCAGACUCCUGGCCUGCAAGACGAGCUACAAAGUAUUAUUGACUGCUUGGACACCAGCAUUCCUGAAUUCAUCCCUGGCUCUAAUCACUCAGUUGCCGAAGCACUAUUGAUCUUCUUGGAGGCUCUUCCUGAGCCUGUGCUGUGUUAUGAACUCUAUCAGCGCUGUCUCGAAUGCUCUCACGACAGCCGCCUGUGCAAACAGCUAAUAUCUCAGCUCCCACGCGCCCAUCGCAAUGUGUUCCGCUACCUGAUGGCCUUCUUGAGAGAAUUACUCAAACACUCGAUUGACAACAACCUGAGCGCCAACCUCCUGGCUACUCUUUUCGCAAGUCUCCUCAUUCGGCCUCCUCCCAACCUUGCCGGCAAGCAGACGCCACAAGACCGGCAGAAAACCAACGACUUCAUAUUGGGUUUCCUAAUGGCAGGCGACGAGGACUAAGGAAGAGGACCGCAUAACAAGGUGUCAUGCCUUUUCUCAGAAGUGUUCAGGUGAAGCAAAAAGACACUUUAGGUGUGUUUGCAGCUGGUCUUCUGGGAGAUACUUAGGUCACCCUGCACUAAAAUAAAAGUUUGGCACUGUUGGAUAGUGCCUGUUUUGCACAGACACUGCCCAUUGGUUAAGUUACGCUGUUUUUCUGUUCCUGCUUCAGAGGAAUAGGUAUAAGUUUAUCUUUAUGUAGUAUUAAUAACUACACUUUAACCCUCACAAACCUCUGAUGACUGUAGCAUCUAUAAUGCUAUGUGCAACCCCACUUUCUCUGGUUUUAACCUCUGAGUGCUGUAAUGCCAAAUCCAAUAUUCCCGACCAGAUCUGACUGAAUGUGUGUGGAUGUGACUCACGGGCACUCAAUGACUUUGUUACACUAAAGGAAAGCCAUGUUGUGAAUAUUGUAUUGACUGCUGCUGCCGGUUAAAUGCUCCCAUCGGAGCACCAUUUUCCAUCUGUCUCAUGCCCUCUUCCUUCCCUCCUUCAAAAAUGACCUUCAGAGAGGUGACUUUGACAAUCGACUACCUUUCAGAGUGGAGGAGAAGUCUGGACUAUGAUCUUUACUUAGUUCUAUCUGAAUCAUGAUGAAUCAGCUGGCAUUGUGUGCACAUGUUAUUUAUGUUUUCCAGUCUCAUACACAGUUGUCCUCAGCACUGGGCAUUUGGAUGUCCUCCACAGAUGAAUACAAGUCUGUUAUCCUUCAGAAACACAGUUUCUGCUCUCCUCCUCAGUCCGUUAUGAUGGCACAACCACUCCUGUAAUUCUUAGUCACCUUGAGUGGAUGUGGUUACGUUCAUUAGAUCUGGAAACUUUUAUUCUUUUGAGGUCUUAUUCUUUUACAGCUCUGUUUUGGAUCCCGUCGUGCUACAGAGACGUUAACGUUUUAACUGUUGUGCUCACUGGGUCUUUUAUCUGUCUUGUCGUGUAAUGAAGAUGCAGUCGUGGUCCUUCUGUUUAUAUGUAUGUUGAGUGUUGUACUAACCCAGACUGGGGUAAUCUUGUGUAUGUUUACAGUCUUUGUGUCCUUUGUUGGUGUUUCAUGUUGCAUUUACUAUCUCUCUUGAAUUCAUAGUACACAUUGGGAAAUUCUGAUAGUUUUGCUGGGUUUUAACUUCUUGCACCAGUCAGUCUGGUUUUAUACUACAGUGUGUAAAGAGGAAGUCUCCUCCGUUUUGCUUGUAUUAAUCAUCACCCCAAUGCUAACAUAUUAUUGUAGCACAAACCACCAAAGCUGUUUCUCCACAAUGCGUGUGACAUUUUUGCCUCGGUCCAUUAGCAACAUUUCCUCAAAAUCUUACAGGAAGUGUUUUGUGUCAGUCUUGCAACUUGGAAAAAGAGUUGUAAGCAGUUUCUGACCAACUCUGUGUUCUGCCUUUCCUUACUGUCAGUAUGUGCGGAAAUUGUAGUUUUAGGCUUGUAACAAUACCAUUAAAGAAAUUCACUUCCAGAACAAAAAUUUGCUGAUAAUUUACUUACCCCCUUGUCAUCCAAGAUGUUCAUGUCUUUCUUUCUUCAGUCGUAAAGAAAUUGUUUUUUGAGGAAAAAAAUUCACAAAUGUUCUCCAUGAAAUGGUGGCCGUGAGUUUGAAUUUCUAAAAUGCAGUUUAAACGCAGCUUCAAAUGGCUCUAAACGAUCCCAGCCGAGGAAGAGCGAAAUGAUUGGUUAUUUUCUAAAAUAAAUUGACAAUUUAUAUACUUUUUAACCUCAAAUGCUUGUCUUGUUUUGCUCCGCAUGUAUGAUAUGAGGGUAUGUUGAAAAACUCCCAUCUCAUUUUCUCCUCCAACUCCUCCAAAAUCGCUGUUUUACUUUUUUUUUUUUUUUUUUUUUUUCUUUUUUUUAAAGUGUGUCUGACCUUCUUUGCAUGGUCACUUUGUAAACACUGGGUUGGUACUUCUGCAGCGAUGUAGGAUGAUUUUAAAGUUGGGGGAGAAAAUGUUUUUUGACAUACCCUUACUGUAUUAAACCGGAAUGCACAGAGUUCACGCAGAGCUAGACAAGACGAGCAUUUGAGGUUAAAAAGUAUAUCAAUUGUUAUUUAUUUAUUUAUUUAUUUAUUUUUUAGAAAAUAACUGAUCGUUUUGCGAACCCUUUGAAGCUGCAUUUAAACUGCAUUUUGGAAGUUCAAACUCACCGGCACCUUUGAAGUCCACUAUAUGGAGAACAAUCCUGAAUUGUUUACCUCAAAAAACAUAAUUUCUUUACGACUCAAGAAAGAAAGACAUGAACAUCUUGUAUGUCAAGGGGUUGAGUACAUUAUCUGUAAACUUUUUCUGGAAGUGAACUUUUCUUUCAAAGGGGCCACUUUGUACCUUAUCUAGCCCUAAAAGGUGCAUGUUAGUACCUUAGAGUAGUAAUAUGUGCAUUUAAGCUACUCCUGUGCACUUUUAUGGGUAAAUAAGUUGCAAAGAUGCGUUACAAUUUCUGCACAUUUUUAAAGACGAAGUAGUGAUGUUCUGUGAAUAAUAUCGCCUGUGGGUUUCGCCUCCGAUCUCAGAUGUCUAAAUCUCUUCACAUCCUCUGCCAUGUUUACAAGCCCCUGCCUUUGUCUGAGCUUUCUGUUGGGUUUUAUUUUUUUCUAAUUUCUGCUUUGGAGAGGGCCAGCAUGGAGCUCUGCUGUCUUAUUCAAAUCCUUGUGGCCUGAAAUCAUUCUUUUCAGUGCCAACAGAUGAUGUUUCUGGGAGGACCUCAUUGCAGGAGACUGAAUCAGAGGAAGAGAAAUGCAGAUGGCCAUUACACAGAUUUCUGGUGUGUUGUAAUCACCACCCUGCCUGUUUGUCUGUUGUUGUGUCCUGUCUUUCUAUCCAUUCAGUUUUUGUAAAGAUGUUUCUGGUACUUUGCAGAUGGGUACAUGUACAUGUUUUAUUUGUGGGGAGGGUCCGGGCAUCUAAUUUAUUCAAUGAAAUAAAGACAUUAUGAUCAUA